GCAGAUACAUAUAAGUCCUAGAAAACCCAACAUUUUGAUUCACCAAAAAAUCUCAAACAAUGGCUCCUUUUGCAAAAUCACUCUCAUUUUUCUUCCUUCUAGUGCUCAUUUUCUCCUCCUUCGAAAAUAUUCAAGCUAGAGAGAGCGUGUUCUUCAGCAAAGUCACCCACUACAACAACAACAAGAAUGUUAACGAGCCAACAAUCAGUACCUCUAUCGCAGAAGUGCCAACACCAGCACCGUCACCAGCAGCAGAGGCACCAGAACUAGCAGACGUGCAGGCACCAGCAGCAGAGGCACCAGAACUAGCAGAUGUGCCGGCACCAGCACCAAGUUACUUGGAGAAAGAGCACCGCCACAAUGGCGCCUUGUAUGGCCUCGGCUCAGGCAAAUCCCCUUCCACGGAGGAGACACCAACCACCAUUGAUGGUGAAGAUGAAAUUUUGGCCGAAGAACUAAGCGGUGAAAGCUUUGAUCGCACAGGUAAUUAUGAAAGCACCAACUUGUACAACAACAAUGGCUACAAGACCAACUAUGUCAACAACAACAACUACGUUAAUCGUAAUGGCUACAAGACCAACUAUGUCAACAACAACAACUACAUUAAUGGCAAUGGCUACACAAAAACUAACAAUUACAAGGGCAGCAAUGGCUACACAAAAACGAACAAUUACAAGGGCGGCAAUGGCUACACAAAAACGAACAAUUACAAGGGCGGCAAUGGCUGGGAAAACCGUGAGGUUAAUGUACAGCAAGGGAUGAGUGACACAAGGUUUUUGGAAAACGGUAGGUACUUUCAUGAUGUGAAGAAUGAGAUUAACCAAAAUUUCAAUGAAAAUUACGAAGGAGGGAGAGGAAGCACUAGAAACUAUGUUGAGAACUCCAAUGAGUUCAACACCAUGGAAGAGUAUGAUAAGUACCAGGAGAGCCGAGGAUAUGUGCCUUAAUCUAUGUGUUCCAUGUCCAACAUACAGAGAGAUUUCGAUGUGUUUAGGGAUAAUAUAAGUUAAUUAAUAUAAGAUAUUUUUAUCGUUGUUUUGCAUUUCCAUUUGUGUAUCACAUUUUAUAGUGUGAAAAUGAAACCCACUAAGUUUUAUUUGA